AAUGACACUGACAUUAAAGGUUAGCAGUUAGCAGCCUCUCAAAUUGACUUUGUCAAACAUUGAGCAAAUUGUUGUUUGUUUGGUAAAAAUAUAUUUAUCCCAGAUCAACUUGUCCUUAAACCAUGAAUGAAAAACAGAAAAAAAGCAAACACAGUAAGUCACACAAAUCCAAGGAUCGUGAAAAACGCAAGAAAAAGAGUAGAAGGCAUUCUACAAGCUCAAGCUCAAGUGGUUCGGAGUCUGAUGAAUGGGUUGAACAACAAACAAGACAAACUAAUGCUGCCCAGAGAGAAGACUGGAUGUCCAUGACAGGUAUGCUGAAAACGUACACAAAGGAAGAUAUCAAGCCCAAGAGAGAAGAAAAGGAUAAAAAACACAUUGACUCCUACAAUCCCGGUACUAGUAGCAGAGAACUAAAUCCAUAUUGGAAAAAUGGUGGAACGGGUGUACCAGAAACACCUGAAAGUUUUAGAAAAUCAAGGCCAUUUAUUAAACCGUCCGAUGAUGAUGAUGACUAUUAUUCUAGACCCAAAAGUUCUCAUUCAAGUAGUACUACUGGUUAUUCUAGCAGUAGAUCACGUGAAAAACAACAAGAUUACUACAAAGAUCAAAAAUAUUCAGAUAGAGAUCCUUACAGAAGAUCAAGUAAUUGGAGGAAGCAAAGUGAUGAACAAAAACAAUCAGAAUCAGUUUCAAAAUCAAGGGAAGAAACUGCUAUGCCAUCUUAUAAAGCAGAUACUACAAAAAUGCAGGUACCAGAAGACAAACCAAAAGAUAGUAAAUAUCUGAGUGAUGAGAAGAUGAACAAAUUAGCUGCUAAAAUUGUAAAAGCUGAAAUAUUAGGUGAUGAAAAACUAGUAAAUGAACUUAAAGCGAAAUUAGAAGCUGCAAGAAAGUAUAGGAAGGAGAAUCCUGAAGCUGGUGCUGAGGAGGAAGAUGACAGAGUGAUGUUAAUAGCAACCAGCGCAUCAGGGAGCAGUCGCCCACUCACAAGCAGUGAGAAAGGAGAUCCUAGAAGCAAGAGUGGCAAAAGAAAGGCUCAGACACAUGUUUCUGGUGAAAGGACCAAGUACUUUGGUGAUGAUGACAAGUAUAAUUUGCAACAAAUGUUCCAACAAGAGAAAUAUGGAAACAAUUACAAUGAUGAAGCUGAAUUGGCUAAACUUGCCUCUAAACACAAAAAUCCAAAUGAUGAUCUUGAAGACAUUUUCAUGGACAACAUAUCUAGAAACAAAGAUGCUGUCAAGGAAAGCGAGAAUGAGAGAAGCCGUGCUAUAAGCCAGCAUAUCAAAAUGGAGAGGACUUUGGAAGGAUGUGAACAUUGUGUUGAUUCUAAGAACAUGUUGAAGCAUCUUAUGGUUAGCUGUGGCAAUCGAGUGUAUGUGGCAUUGCCUUCAAGAGUGUCCCUUGUGCCAGAUCAUUGUAUAAUCACUACUGUACAACAUGCUACCUGUGUCACAUCCAUAGAUGAAGAUGUUUGGGAAGAAAUAAUGAAUUACAGAAAAGCUCUUACUCAGUUCUACAAUUCUCAAGGAAAAGAUGUUGUGUUCUUUGAAACAGCAACAAGGCUCAAUAGACACCCACAUUUGGUUAUAAACUGUGUGCCCCUUCCAAGAGAUGUAGGGGAUAUGGCUGCAAUAUAUUUCAAAAAGGCCCUUCUAGAGUGUGAAGCAGAAUGGUCUAUGAAUAAAAAGGUUGUAGACUUGAAAGGCAAAAAUAUCAGAAAAGGAAUACCAAAAGGUUUGCCAUAUUUUUGGGUUGACUUUGGAAUGGAUCCUGGUUUUGCUCACGUCAUUGAAGAUCAACAACUGUUUCCGAGAAACUUUGCUGAGGAAAUUAUUGGUGGAAUUUUGGAUCUAGACCACAGUCUAUGGAAGAACCCACGAAGAGAAAAUGGGGAAAGUCAGAGAAGGAAAGUUAUGAACUUUGUAAAAGAAUGGAAACCGUUUGAUCCUUUUAAACAAUAGGACUACAAGCAAGUAGUCUUCAGUUGAAUUCUUGGAUCAGACAAAAAAGAAAAAUAAUUACAAAGUAUUUUUGAGUAUUUCAUUAUUCAAAAUUCUCAGUCCUCUGAGUCCAAACUUGAGCCUGGUAAACUACUGGGUAUUACAUUUAGUAUGUGCACCUCUGCUCACCUCUUUGGGUAUAAAAUGUGAGCUACUGUUGUGUUAAAAAUAAGGUUUUUAAAUGUAACAAUGUUAAAUAUAAGGAUAACAUUUUCA